AUGCCGCAUACCCAACGUGUCGUUAUCAUUGGUGCCGGCAUUGUCGGCACCAACCUUGCGGAUGAGCUGGUCUCACGCGGAUGGAUCAAUAUCACCGUCGUCGAGCAAGGCCCGUUGUACAUGCCCGGUGGCUCGACGUCACACGCCCCGGGUCUCGUGUUCCAGACCACCCCCUCAAAAACGAUGACCAACUUUGCCCGUUACACGAUUGAAAAGCUACAAUCCAUUGAGAAGGAUGGUCAAAACUGCUUCAACCAGGUGGGUGGCCUGGAGGUGGCGACGACCCCGGCACGGCUGGAAGAGCUGAAGCGCAAGCAUGGAUACACUUCGUCGUGGGGAAUUGAUGCUCGUCUUGUGACCGCUGAGGAGUGUCUCAAGCUCUAUCCUCAUCUGAACAAGGAUAUGGUCCUUGGAGGUCUUCAUAUUCCUAGUGACGGCCUUGCGCUCGCCGCCCGUGCAACGCAGUUGCUGAUCGAGCGCACCCGCAAGGCUGGCGUCAAAUACCUGGAAUCAACGCCUGUCACCGGCAUUGAGCGUGCCAAUGGUCGAGUGACUGGUGUGACAACCCCCAGUGGCACGAUCCCGGCAGACAUUAUUGUCUCUUGUGCGGGAUUCUGGGGCGUGGAGAUCGGUGCUAUGGUUGGCGUGCCGGUUCCUUUACUCCCGCUCGCACAUCAAUAUGCCAAAACAACGGCUGUACCCUCACUUGUUGGCCGAGAAAUUAACAACAAUAUCAAUGGAAUGAAUGCAACUCUCCCUAUCCUUCGACACCAGGAUCAGGACCUUUACUACCGUGAACAUGGUGACCAAUACGGCAUUGGUUACUAUGGCCAUCGGCCAAUGCCUGUCAAGGCCUCCUCAUUAGGUCUGACUGCGAAGCAGGUCGACGAGAAGAACAUGCCGUCUCGCCUCGAGUUUACCAAAGAGGACUUUGACCCUGCCUGGAAGGAAACUCAACAGCUUCUGCCCAUGCUGAAGGGAACUGAGAUUGCGGACGGAUUUAAUGGGAUCUUUUCAUUUACUCCCGAUGGAGGCCCCAUAGUUGGCCAAGCCCCUCACUUGGACGGUUUUUGGGUGGCUGAAGCUGUAUGGGUUACCCACUCUGCUGGCGUGGCCCGCGCUGUUGCUGAAGUUCUCACCACUGGCCGUUCACAAAUAGACAUUUCCGAGUGUGAGCUGUCUCGUUUUGAGGAAGUCCAGCUGAACCGCUCCUAUGUCGAUGAAACUUCCGCGCAGAACUUCCUGGGCGGCUGGGAACGUCCAUUCUGGUACGAGGCGAAUCAGGACCUGCUCAAUUACCUGCCACCAAAGUGGAAGCCCUUUGAGCGAGACGCAUGGUCAGCACGAUUCUAUUCUCCCAUCAUUGCAGCUGAAGCUUGGAAGACACGUAAUGCCGUGGCCAUGUUUGAUAUGACCUCUUUCCACAGAUUUGAAGUAUCUGGACCCGGAGCAGUUGAUCUACUCCAACGACUGUGCACUGGGGACGUUAAUACAAAGCCUGGGACUAUCACUUACGCCCUACUUCUGAAUGACCAAGGAGGUAUUCGCAGCGACAUCUUUGUCUCGCGACUCGAAGAAAACAUCUUUCAGAUUGGCGCCAACAGUGCCACAGAUCUGGCCUAUCUUGCCCGCGAAGCCCGCCAUCAAGGACAAUGGGUACAAGUGCGGGAGAUUACUGGCAGCACCUGUUGCAUGGGUCUUUGGGGGCCCCGUGCGAGAGAUGUCAUCAGCGACAUCACUACCGAUGAUUUCUCCAAUAAGGGGCUUCCUUAUUUCAGCGUGAAACAAGCAAUCAUCAAUGGUAUUCCGGUGACUGCAUUCCGGAAGUCCUAUGUUGGCUGGCAAGAUCCACGGGCUGAUCGCCGCCGGCCGGGGGCAUUCAAUGCUCUACGACUGGAGAAGGGAUACCGAACGUACGGAGCUGAUAUGAAUACCGAGCACAAUCCAUACGAAGCUGGCGUGGCAAGUGCCGUACGGGCAAGCAAGUGGGAGGAUUACGUCGGGAAAACUGCACUUGAGCGUCUCGUCGACUCCAAGAAGAAGCCUGUGCGGCGUCUGCGCUGUCUCACGGUUGAUGACGGUCGCUCUAUGAUUCUGGGCAAAGAGCCUGUUUUCGUCAAUGGAAAGGCUGCUGGAUACAUAACCAGUGCUGCAUUCGGUUACACCGUUAGAAAACCAAUCGCCUAUGCCUGGCUCCCCGGGACUGUUAGUGAAGGCACUGGCGUUGAGAUCGAAUACUUCGGACGUCGGGUCAAGGCCACCGUCACGGCCGAACCACUGUAUGAUCCAGAGAACAAGCGACUGCUUGCCGAUGGGCUGUUUGUCGAUCCAGAGCUUCAGCAUCCUCUCAAGUCUCGCCUGUAA